AUGAUGCCAACGCUUGAGUACGAUGAAAGUUCUUGUCCCAACAUUGGUUCCCUUGGAUUUAAUAAAUUUUGUAAGAGGUCGUUACAGUUACAUGAAGCUCCGGUUCUCAAAACCCUAAUUAUAAAACUGAACCAACGGAAAUCUCUGAAACUCCCAAGUAGUUUCCCAAGUACAUUCUUCCGAAAAAUCGUCGUUCUGAAAGUCCACAAGAUUACUCCCUACUUUGCUGAUUCACAACCAUCAACGGUUUGCUUCCAGUCCUUGAAAAGUUUGCACCUCACAAGUGUUAUUUUCAAUGGGGAAGAACCUUUCUGCAGGCUAAUAUCGGCUUGUCCUGUUCUUGAAGAUCUUUUCUUGAAUAGUGUUACCAGUUCAUUCAAGUUUUUCGCGCCUUCUCUUUUCACCAUAUCGGUCCCUUCUCUACAGAGACUCGAGAUAAAAGAAAAAGAUAAUACUCCCAUGGUUUGCAGUACUUGCCCUCGCUAUGACUCUCGAUUCACAAUAAACACUCCUUCUUUGAAGUACUUCAACUUAUCGAUUCAAGAUUUCGUUGGCCGUUUCGAGCUUGAAGAUAUGCCUAAUUUGGUGGAGGCUCGUCUCGGUGUUGAUCCUUAUAAAACUUACAAUUUUCUUAAAUUAUCUCUUUCCUCAGUCCAGAUUCUUUCCGUGCAUAUAUGUGCUACUGAGGUUCUGCUUCUUGCUGAGAAAAUCUCUCAGCGGCUUCUUCAUCUGGAAUUGUAUAUAUACGGAAAAAUACUGCGUAAUCUGCUUUUGCAUUUGCUCAAACAUGCCCCUAAACUACAAUUUCUCAAGGUUCGGGAGACACAUAUGACUAUGACUUGGCCUAUUUAUCCGGAUACGUUGGCUCGUGUCCGAGAGUUCAAUGAUCCACUACCUUCAAUAGCUACCCCGAGCUCUGUUCCAGAAUGUGUGUCCUUCCAUCUCAAAACUUUCCAUUGGUUUGGCUACGAAGGAAGAGAUGAAGAGAAAGAAAUCGUUCUUUACAUCUUGCAGAACGCUCAAUGUUUAAAAACCGCAGUGAUCUCUGUGUUUGCAACUGGUUCUCCAGGUGGGGAGAAAGAACUACUGAUGAUCAAGGAGUUGGAAUCUAUGCCUAAAAUUUCAACUUUUUGCAAGCUUAUUGUUCGACAUAGGUAA